AUGAGGUCAGAUACGGCUUUUCGCGAAACGUUAAUUUCGAAGGAGUUUCCCAGUGCGGGUUGCGGAGACGUGGCGGUCUGGCCUCUCGUCAUCGAUGGCACCGAGGAAGGAGGCCAGAGUCUCGCGCACGGCCGCAGCCCUUUGUGCAGUCUUCGUUAUAUCCGUAUGUACUGAGAAAGGGUCCGCGAGACCUUUGCACGCACACGUCGCUGAGCAUAGCCACCGGCACAAGCGACAGCUAAACGGCCUGUUCUCCAGCGUGUUAGAUGGAGUCAAGAACCUUGUGAAUACCGGAACGAGCAUCGCCGGGCUUGGCACAGGCAUGCUCAACUUGGGAGGCGAUGAAGGCAUCGGCGGUGUCGUCAGCGGAAUGCUAAACCUUCUCUCGAUUGGAUCUGAAAUCUUCACGGGAAUUCUUGGCACCUUGCUGAACGGCGACCUCCUGGGUGGACUGUUGCCUUUCUUUGGCGGCCAGGGAUAAUGCCCGAAUGC